UAAUUGUAUUACCAAAUGUUUGGUUUGACAUCGAAUACAAACCUUAUUACCGACCAUAUCAUAGACCCAGACAAAUUUCAUAUAGGCCAUACAGGCCAAGAAGAAGACGUGUACCAAACUACAUAGCCGCUUGCGGAUAUUGUGGUGAUGAAAAUCAUGCUAGAAAUAAUCCAAAUGCCCCUUGUCGAAAUCAAAACUGUAUCAAUCCUGGAUUGGUAAGAUCACUCAUAGAACAAAGGUUAGAUUAUAUUGAAAAUGGAAUUCAAAUGCCAAAUAACAUAG